AAGUCACGCAUAAGUCUGCAUUGAUGUGACGCGAAUUUUCGUGUGAAUAUUUUCUUGUUGUGCGUGGUGGAAUCAAAUUUUAUUAUUUUUAAAAGAAAAUGUUACGCUAACUUUCUAACAUUAUUAAAAACGAUAUUACAGUGAAUUCAGUAUAUUUAUUAUCAAUAGUUUAUUGUAUAUAAGUAAUGGCUGACGAUAUCAUCAAACAUUCUGUGCAUACCCUGGUGUUCAGAUCUUUGAAAAGAUCCCACGACAUGUUUCUAGCUAAUCAGAGUAUGCUACCACCUAUAGACGAAAAAGCAGAAAAAUUGCUGAAAUCUGUGAAAGCGAGAGAUGGUUAUGGACAAGUUAUGGCAACAGUUGAGAAAGCACAAGCUGUUAAACAACAAGAAGCACUCAGCAGACCAGACACACCUCUAGACACAGAAAUGGCAGAAUCUGCAGCGUUGGGCUCUGAAGGUGCAAUGUUGCCAUAUACUGGACCGUCGCCGGCAACACCUGCGCCCCCAGCUGGGGCGCUCACCACACUGCCACGGAAAGCCCCCACAAUGCCAAAGCCCAAGUGGCAUGCACCUUGGAAACUAUUCAGAGUCAUAUCUGGACAUCUAGGUUGGGUUCGUUGUGUAGCUGUUGAACCAGGAAAUGAGUGGUUUGCUACUGGUGCAGCGGAUAGAGUAAUAAAAAUAUGGGAUCUGGCUAGUGGCAAAUUAAAAGUUUCACUUACUGGCCACGUGAGCACAGUUAGAGGAUUGGAAGUAUCUGCCAGACAUCCAUAUUUAUUCAGUUGUGGAGAAGACCGACAAGUCAAGUGUUGGGAUUUAGAAUAUAACAAGGUGAUCCGGCACUACCACGGGCACCUGUCGGCGGUGUACAGCCUGGCGCUGCACCCGGCGCUGGACGUGCUGCUGACGGCGGGGCGCGACGCCACCGCGCGCGUGUGGGACGCGCGCACGAAGGCCAACGUGCACACGCUCGCCGGACACACCAACACCGUCGCCUCCGUGGUCGCGCAGGCCGCCGAGCCGCAGAUCAUAACAGGUUCUCACGAUAGUACAAUCAGACUGUGGGAUCUAGCGGCCGGCAAAUCUCUGUGUACACUGACCAAUCACAAGAAAUCAGUGAGGUCUAUAGUGAUCCACCCCACCUUAUACACGUUCGCUUCUGCCUCACCAGACAAUAUAAAACAAUGGAAGUGUCCCGAAGGAAAAUUUAUACAAAACUUAUCGGGACACAAUGCGAUAGUAAACUGUAUGGCUGUGAAUCCGGAGGGGGUAUUAGUGAGUGGUGGGGAUAACGGCACAAUGUACUGCUGGGACUGGAGGACCGGAUACAACUUCCAGAGGAUACAGUCAGCCGUCCAGCCGGGCUCGAUGGACUCUGAAGCGGGCAUUUUCGCGAUGACCUUCGACAUGUCCGGCUCUCGUCUGAUCACGGCGGAGGCCGACAAGACUAUUAAGAUAUACCGCGAGGACGAUACAGCAUCCGAGGAGACUCAUCCCAUCAACUGGCGACCCGAGAUACUCAAACGGAGAAAGUUUUAAUAAAAGAGACUGUUUUACC